AUGGUAGCUACAGUGAUCAAUCAUGUGGAAAAGGCUGACGUGGUGAUCGAGAAAAAUCGUACCGAUUCGUUGUCGUCUGCCGAACGCUGGUGCUGUGGUGAUGGCCAAAAUGUAGUCGACGUGGACCCUAACGUGGCUGUGGAAAUCGCCCUGACUUUGACAUUCUUAGUUGGAGUUGUCCAGGUAACUGAGGGUUAAUA